AUGGCCGACUCCACCUCCGGACAGCACCACUGGAACGGCGUCCUCAACAACGCCCUCGAGGGAGUGGGCAACACUCCCCUCAUCCGCCUCGACAAGAUUGCACAGGCUGAAGGUCUCAAGUGCAACCUUCUCGGCAAGUGCGAGUUCAUGUCCGCCGGUGGCAGCGUCAAGGAUCGUAUUGCCAAGCGUAUGAUUGAGCAUGCUGAGAAGGAGGGCAUCCUCAUUCCCGGCCAGAGCGUCGUUAUCGAGCCUACUACUUCGGCACACGGCGCCGGCGCACUCCGAGACGAGCCAUUGAAGCGCAAGACCUCUGACGGUUCAGGUAUUGGCCUCGCGAUGGCCUGUGCCAUCAAGGGUUACAAGUGCAUCAUCACGCUGCCCGAGAAGAUGUCGCUUGAAAAGGAGGUCAUGCUCCGUGCCUUGGGUGCCGAGAUUGUGCGCACCCCUACCGAGGCGGCGUGGGACUCGCCCGAGAGCAACAUAGGCCUGGCUGCCCAGCUCAAGGAGAAGAUUCCCGGAGCAGUCAUCCUCGACCAGUACAACAACCCCAACAACCCGCUUGCUCACGAGCUCGGCACGUACCCCGAGAUCCGGUAUGCGCUGAAGUCAUCCAACUUGAAGCGGAAGGACAUCGCCGCGCUUGUUGCCGGAGCCGGAACUGGCGGAACUGUCACCGGUCUUGCCCGUGGCCAGCGCCACGCCGAGAAGGAGGAUGGUGUCAAGAAGGCCGUCAUUGUUGCUGUCGACCCCGUCGGUUCGAUCCUCGGCGGCGGUGAUCCCGGAAACUACAUCGUCGAGGGUAUCGGAUACGACUUCUACCCCGGUGUACUCGACCGCGACGAGUCGCUCAUCGACAAGUGGGUCAAGGUCGACGACUCGGAGGCGCUCCCGACGGCGAAGCGCAUUGUUCGCGAGGAGGGUCUCUUCAUUGGUGGCUCUUCCGGCUCGGCGCUCGCGGGCGCGCUCAAGUUCCUCAAGUCUGAGGACGGCAAGGCUAUUGGCCAGGAUGAGAGCGCGAACGUCGUCGUUAUCUUCCCCGACAGCACACGGAACUACAUGUCUAAGCCUUGGUUCAUCAAGGAGGAGCAGGAGACGAACCCUCUUCGGGAACAGCUGCGCUCCAUCCUCGGUCGCGACCUCGACGACCCUCUGCGCAAGCGCCAGGCCAACGGCUCCAAGUAA